AAUCUCUUCAUCCACUAGCCCUAUACAAGGUACAAAGGAUGUUCUUCUAUAGAACAAGCCAUAAGAUGUUUACUUUAUGCAAAAGGAUUUCACAGAAAACAUGAAAACGGAUACACGGAUAUAUCGUAGUAGUCCUUUGAAAGGUGUGAACAUUUGAAAUGGAUUUGUUAUUGGUUCAUGUUGGAUAAUGUCUUCCUUUUUGAAGGAAAAAGAACGUGCCAGCCUCAAUAACGGUUGGGGAUUGGAUUGGAGCCUCAAAAUGACAGGUGAAGCUUGUAGCUAAGGAACUUGUCUACUCAUAACUUUCCUUUCAGGACUUUUCUGUCUUUGUUUAAAUGUACUAAGAUCUUGUUCAUUAGAUAUAUAAACGUUAACUGAGUUGCCACAAUGGGCUGUUCCCCAUCUAAAGGUAACAGUUUUGGGUCUCAGGGUACAUUUAAGAGGGGACGGACACUUCUACCAGGGGUACAAGAGAGCCCAGGGGAGUCCCAAUCGGAUGAUGCAGGGAGUAUGGGCUCCUCGGGGACAGGAGACACUGAUGGGGAGACCCACUCUGUACAAAAAGAAGCACCUUCAACCCCACUAAAAAAAAGAACCUCCUUGACCGAGUUGGUUCCAGAGAGGAUCAUCCUAGAUAAAAAAGUGGGGAUUCAGGAGACAGAUAUCAAAACAGGAUUACAUGGAAAAGAGAAACAAGUUGAUAAGCAAGAUAUGACUGACAAAAAAGGUGGACGAAAACCAAAGAAAAAUGGAAAAGGAGUCAAAACAACUAAAAAGAAAGAGAAGGACAAAAAACCUCUUGUGGAGCAGAAAGUUGACUUUCCAGAACCAUUAGUUAAAGCCCACCAGGCUGCUUAUGCCUUCUUAAACCCAAGCAUUAGUAAAUAUGAGAUUUUACUGGGGCUUCUGGACCAGGCAACCCAUACCCAGGUGUCUUUGCAGCCAAUGGUAACCUUCAUGGCUAUGCGCUACGAGGAAAUCAAUCGAGGGCUAGAGCAAAUGGCAGAUGAGGGUGAAAAGCUUUUGAAGGACAGCGGGGAGCAUUUUGCCUGGCCAAGCCCAAUAAAAAACCUAUCCAGUUCACCACCUCUCAAAUCUGGAUCCACAAAUGCUGAUCCUCCACCAGACCUCUUGCAACAGCUACUUCAAUAUACUACUCAAAGGAUGCGAAAUGUGGGUCAGUCUGUGGGGGGCAUUGGUGACUCUGCUUUGGAGGAGGCAGUUGAAUACUUUACAUCUGUCUCGGAGUUGCUGGAGGAGAAAUUAAAAGCCAAGCGUGCAGCGGAGACAAGACUGAUGCAGUUGCUGACUCGCAUAGAGGCUGCCUCACUCCGUAAGCCUGGACCAGAGGACUCUGCAUUGUUCAGUGAGGACAGUGGAAUUGGGGCUGAGAGUGAGUCACUUGCUGGGUCUGAAAGGCAACUCCGUAGAGAAAGCGAUGAGUCUACUGGCACUUUCCGAACUGCUCCUUACAGUUCUAUUGGCAGCAAUACUACCCCAUCUCGGCAAAGGGAUCCAAGCCGAAAGUUUACAAAGAAAGUAAGCCCCAGCAACUCCCUAAACUCCCUAGACUCUGCCUGUAUCAUAAUGGCUAAAGAGCAGAAAGACACAGAAUCCCUGCUAGGAAGUGCCUCCUUAGAUGACGGAGAAGAGGAAGAUGAAUGUGAGAGGGAAGAAAAGGGAGUAGGUGGCAGAAAGCGAUCAAACUCCUCCCCAUCUGAUCCUACUCAGCAACCUCGUCAUCUGGCACCAAAGCGCAUAGAGAACCCUCAAAAUGUUGAAAUGACCCUGAAAAUGAAAGAUGCCAUGAGUGGUCGAAUUCGGUUUGUUCCUUCACAACUUGACAGUGCCAAAACUAAACCAACAGACAGCCCCAAGACCAGUAGGCGACAAUGGACAGAAGGGCAGGAGCGAUCACCAAAACGACCCCAAACAGCAGCUCCUGUUCAGAGGACAAUUAAAAAGAGCCCUGUUCCUAAAGGCCGCCGGUCACAGUCUGCUGAAUCCCUUCGCAGCAGAGGUGAAGAUCCGACACUGCUUGAACUAGAAAGGACACAGAGGGAUCUGAGUCAGAGACUACAGAGGAUGAGCAAAGGCAGAAUGGAGGGUGACACCAUGACAGGUCCCACUAAACAGAACCCAGUAGAUUCAGCCAAGUCCUUAGCAUCUAAUCGUGUACGCCCCACCCUGCAGAAGAACAACAAUACUCUUCAGAUCCAGGACAAGGCCGGUGUUAUGAAGAGCAACUCCAAGGAACAGGGGACAGGCAAGGACAUAGAAGAGAAAAAGAAAGACAAGAAAACCACCAAGGGGCCGUUAAAAGCCACCCAACCUAGCCCUACAUCGGGGCCAUUGAAGGCCACCCCGCCUCCCAGCCCUCCAAUGUCACCUCGUCCAUCAUCAGGACUGCACCGUGGAAGGAAUUCUGUAAAAAGGCUGAUUGAUACUUUCAGCCAGGGGAUGGAUGAGUCCAAACAAGAGGCAAACAAAAUGUUGGGGCCUUUAAAAGGGGUUCGAAAGUGUGGGGUCCCUGUUAUGCCUGGGGUAAGUGAUGUUGAGGCCAUGCUGAACAGUGGGGUCAGCAGUUGUAGGACAGAUGAUAUGGACCUUGAAAGUCUGCCACCCCCUGCUCUUGAGGUCUUGAUGGACAAUUCCUUUGAAUGUGCACAAAGUCUCACAGUCAGCGACACAGCUGACAGGGUUGCAAGUAGGGGCCGAUCCCCAGUUCCUAAGAGGGCUCCCACCUCUCAGAAACUGCGGGCCUCCAUGCAGUCUGUCACAGUGCUACCCAGCAGGGGUAAUGCUCCCCAGGGCUCUAGCACCAUGUCCCCUUCCCGGGCUAUAUGGAAGGAUGCUUCUGCUAGUUCCAGGGUAGGCCACCAUGAGCCGGGGGUAGACCCAGAGACAGAGGAGGCAGCCAGUCUUUACAAGCAGGCCAGAAAAAUAAUCCACCUGCGGCAUUCCUCAGAGUCUCAGAUGGAUAAAGGUGUGGCCAAGAGUGUUUCAGGAGUGAGACUGGGAGAUGGCAGCCACUCUGAGACAGUUUCUCCCCAAUCAGCUGUGAGUAACCAAUCAAAUAUAUCUAGAACUCGAAUGCUGCCUUCCACACCUUCAACCCCAAGCGGCUUACAUCGACGACUACCCAGUCCGCCCUCCUUUCGAAGGCAGCCUACGCCUCCAUCUUCAACCAGCCCUCCGGUCAUACGCAAACUUCCAACCCCACCACCAGUUCAGAGAAGACUCCCAAGCCCAACUGCCUCAAGACAAGUAAUGACCCCAAACUCCAGCUCAUCUGGGUCUACACAUUCUUUUAAGGCACCUUCACCACCAGCAUCCCCAAGGGUACAAAGAUGGAAGCGGGAGAACAGCGGUGAGAUCUCAACCCCAGGGGUUUCAGCUAUCUCUCAGUUCAUUAGUAACGCUCGCUCUGUUUUCUGUCCGGCUUCACCUUCACUGUUUGAGGCCCAGCCUUGCCCCAUACCCCACCCACCUCAAGCAUGGGCCUCUACCGGCAGGAGUGUUGUCCCGCAAGAUCGUGGUAGGCUCCCUACAUCUGUGCGAGGGCCUCAGCCUUUCAUCCGACGCAGUCACUCAGACAGGAGGCCUAGUUUAAGCCUGCCGUCCAGGGCACCUGUGGUCUCAUUCGCAGAGACUUGCGGGAGUGAGCCAGCCAUCAGCACACAAGGGAAACAUUGUGAAUAGAAGACAAAAGACUCUCUUAUCUCUCUACAUGAAGGUGGCCGGCCUUGACCCAGACCGGCGUUAAAACCAUGUAUUUCGCUGGGACAAAUACGGUAAUUACAAUUUAACAUAUCUACGAUCUUUUGUUUAAAUGUUGUUAAUGAUAUAGCUGUUUUUAUAGAAACAGGGAAAAUUUAAUCUUUCUCUCGACGUUGCAAACACAGUAGCUAUUAUCCCACGUUUUUAUGGUAGCCUACUAUUUCUGGUAACAACAUCUUUGCCUGGUGUUUAUUAUAUCUAAGCGUUUGCCUCUUCCUCCGGUGAACAUGUUGUUGCAAACGUAGCUAGUGCUAGCCGCCGCCAAGUAGACUGGUCAUGUCUUCAGCAUGAUUAUUUCCGAUAACUACUCCUUGUGAUUGUCAUUGACACCGUCAGGGUACUGCUUACUGAGAGGGAGGGAGGGAGAGUAGUAAGCGUGUCUGUGUCGCUGUGUUUGGCAGGUGUUUGGAUAAUGUAAGGCCAUAAACUUCCGGGAAAUUACACCAUAGCACUAGCCCUACUCAUUUGAAUUGAAUGCCAAGCUAAUUCCGGUUGACUUAAAAACAAAAAUAGCACAUUUACUCUUCGAAAGAAAGCUGGCUGUUCUCCGUAUUUGCAGGGAAAAUAAAAAGGGAUGGUUUUUAAAACUAGCAAUCCAGUAGUGCUUUCAUUAUUUUGUUGAGAGUAUUAUCUAGCUAGCGGUACAGUACAUAUGGGCUAGUAGCUAUAAAACCGUGCUUGCCACUAUAUAAUAUCAUACUUGGUCAACUUAGUGUAAAAACAGUCAUGUUUACAUUAAAUGUAAUAGUGCAUAUGGUA